UGUUUAGUGUGGAAAUCAAUGGAUCCACCAGUUUAACUCCGAGUCUCUCGUUGAUGCCUGGAUAAAAUUGACUGAUAAAUGCAACGUUAUGCAGGUUCCAUGCCUUCCUUUCUUAUAUUAUGUGAUAUACUAUGACUGAUAAGCUACCGUAGUACAUGCCUUGGGAAAUAACGCGCCUCUACGUCUAGUUUUUUAGGACAAGAUAGACUUCCUCAGCUCAGUGGCCCUCUACAAGACCGGCAUCAGUUUAUGGAUAGUAAUUAGUGAGUGAGUACACCGUGCCUGCUACUGGCUGCUGGCUGCAUGCAUGAGGGGCAUCAUCCAUUCACUCUGUGUACCAAGAAUGCAGAGCUGAGUGAUCAAGGCAGAGUGGGCCGGCAUCCUAUCCUCUCAACCGACCGAUCCUACCAUCAUGACAUUGGGAGUCCUGCUCCAUUGAAUCACACAGUCAGAGAGUCAGAAGGAUUAUCAAGGCAGUCAAAGCGGAAUAGGAAUGCACCCAAUGCCACACUGGAUGAUAUGUGUGGGGGUGAAUCAACCAUGAACUCAUUAACAUUUUUGUAUCGCCUCUGAUAAUUUGGAUUCUCAUCUAACGAUGGUGUUUUGCCAGUGUUGAAACACUAAAGGGCUGCCGUGCCCUGAAACAUUAUUUUAUCAGACAGGUUCAGAUAUACACUGGACCCUCUAACAUUGGAUUUAUAGCUGUGGUUGGCCAUCGUGUACUGGGGGUAUGGCGACGUACAACGUAGGACAAGGAUCUUCACCUGAGGACUCUGACCAUCAGGAUCCUUUGUCCACCUGGAAGGGCCCGAGGAAGGUGACCCUACAACGAAGGUCCAAUGGCUUUGGGUUCACUUUACGUCACUUCAUUGUCUAUCCACCUGAGUCUGCGGUGGCCGAGCUCAACAGACUACAGGAGACUGGUGGAGAUGAACCCAAGUCAAAGAGUCGGAUCUCUGCCCUUGAGCCGAUGGAUACAAUCUUUGUAAAGCAGGUGAAAUCGGAUGGUCCUGCUCACCAGGCUGGCCUAGCUAAUGGAGACCGUAUAGUGUCUGUGAAUGGAGAGAGUGUUACAGGCAAGACGUACCAACAGGUGGUCAAUCUUAUACAGCUAUGUAAAUACAGUGACACGAACCUGACCCUGUUUGUGGUCCCAAGAGAAGAAGACAUCCUCCAGGUUGCCUACCCAUCAUCUGCUUAUAAAGCUGUCAAUCAAACUCCUAAGCAGACAGAGCACAAGACAAGCUUGGUCCAAGACCAAGGUAGAAAAGAGCCUGCAGAGUACAGCAGCCAGACUAGUAACCUAUCAUCUAUAUCAGAUGGCAAUGAUGUGGUGGUGGUGGGUAAGGGUAUGGAAUGUGAAGACACAGAGUCAGUCAAAGAAAGGAGUGACAUUAGUUACUUGACGACGGACACACCAACAUACAGGGUACCGGAGCAUAGAAGCCAGACAAAACUGGUCACAUCAACGCCAAAUUCUGAUGUUUAUCACAAUGAAAAGAAUGAAAGAAAGAUCACAGACUCUAGGCAACAGUACAAAGUCCAGCGAGUGACAGCAUCUACGAUCAACCAUGAAUCUGCAGGACCGAUGAAAGUCACAUUAGUUAAUCCAUCUGGUGGGGAAGCAUCACAUGGGACAAAAGAACAGAAGACUUUUCGAUUAACAAACGUUUUAAAUACACAAAGUUCUAGUAAACAGCCAAAUAGUCUUGCUGCAUUGGAAGGUGUCUCGGACUCACAUGAACAACAUGACACACAACCUCAGAGACAUGUAGCAUCACUCAAGAGCUACUAUGAAGCAGCCAAACUUGCCAACUCCUCACAACUGUCAAAAGAACCUGCAGAUACCUCAAAGAAUAGUUCAAGCCGUGGCUACAGUUCUAGCGUGGACAACUUGCUUUCUACUUCAGGGUUCUCACCCGCACAAGCGGUGCUUAGGGUCCAGCCCCAAAGAGGACUGAAUGGAUCCUCAUCUUGUGAUGAUUUAUGUAACUCAGCUGCUGCACGUUCAGAGGUAGGGAGACUGAACAGACAAGUGAGUAUUAUCAAUGGACAAAGUGUACAAAGAACAGAUGGUGAAGACUCCCCUGAUGGAGCUAUGCAUACAUGGAAGAGUGAGCAGGAGAGUGUGAAAGUAAGUAGGAGUGGAGGCCUUGCUAAGGUAUCAUUACAUGUGGAUGAUCCUGAUGUACAUGAUGCAUACAAGGCAUCCCUCAAAGGAGAGGAGUACUCAACACAUGCAACGCGCGUUACUGUCUCAGCUUCAGUGUCUGCGGAUAACCUCUCACAGAAUGCUAGGAACAUUAACGUGUCUCCUAAACAUGAAGGGAGACGGUUGACUCUGAAUCAGGAUUCUAAGAACAUCUCUAGUAGUUCAUCUACUGCUCUGGUGCCAGUCUCACGAUCCCCAUCCUUAGCAUCAGGGAGAGUGGUACAUCUAUCUAACCAAUGUCAGUUACUCCCUGAUAAACCACAGGACAGUAAGGUCUACUGGGACAAGAAACCCAGCCCGACAGAGCCAGUAGAUGAUUUGAACUUAACAGUCAGUGAUGGUUCUUUAUUUCCUUGGAAGAGAACAGGAUCAAGAAGAGGUUCUUGUGAUAGCGAUGGGAGCGGGGGAAGAGGCUCUACAAACAGCCAGGGAAAGCCUAAGCCAGCAGUGCCAAAGAGAGAUAGUAGCAGGAAUAGGAUUAGAGAAAGAAGUCUUGAGAGGGAGAAACAGAGAGACAAGACUAGGAAUGAGAGACAUCGAAGUCGAAGCUAUGACCGUGCGCACCAGAGAACCAAUUGGUCCCAGUUUCAGGCAUACAGGAAGAAUGCAACAGGUGCGGUACCUGAAGGUAUUCAGCUUGAUGAUGGGACGCUCAUACCACCAGGAAGGAAAGAUUCUAGCGCUAGCAGUAACAGCGCGGGAUCUACAGGAGAAAAGGAAACCAAACUAUUCCCAGCAUUCAUCUUAAAAAUGAGGCGACCGAGAUCAACAUCGUUUGACACUGGACAGGAUCGCCCACGGACCGUGUCCGAUUCAGGGUUCUUCAGGUAUGGAUCAUGGUCAACCAAGCGAGGGAGUGGAGGAAAGAUCAAAGAUAAGAUACUUGGUGGGUCUACGCGUCGUCUUCUACAGUGGAAGGAAGGUCAGUCCGGACGUCAGAGACUUGUACGGAGGACCUCGUAUCUCAGGGCGACAGGGUCUGAUGGUGAAGAGGAAGAAGAACACGGAGAUUCAGGGAGCGUCACAUCAUCACAGGAAGGAGAAAGACAAUCAAGAGAGAAGAUCACUCCAAAGCGAAAUGCAAGCAUCCGGAAGCUGAAAUCCUUCUUUGGAGAGGGAACACCGAAGAUAGUAGAAGCGCAGCAUUGUCGAAGGCCUUCUAUGAUUGAGUUGCUUGGUACUGGACCUGUAGCUAAAGAGGGGCCUCUUAAUAUCAAGCUGGCUCCUAACAGAUCAUGGAAACCUGUAUGGGCCGUCCUCAAAGGACAGGUCAACAAACUAUUCUUGAUGAAGGAACAGAGAGAUCCAUCACAGCAUCUUGGCCUCCUUGACCAGCCGAUCAGUCUGAAUGGAUCAACGGUUGACAUUGCCUAUGAUUACACGAAGAAGAAGAAGAAUGUCAUUCGUCUUACAAGCGUAGCUGGAACAACCUACUUGCUGCAGGUCAGUGAAGCAGAGACAAUGCUUGCUUGGAUUAAAGUACUUCAGGAAAACAAUGAUCCCUGCGAAGGGGAGAAAGAGAACAACUUACUGCAGCUCUUAGACAAGUCAAGCAAGGGUGAGACCCAGCCUGGCCAUCAUCAGGUCAAGGUCCCAUCACCAAGCUCCUAUAGGAAGAAGUUCUUCAAGUCGGUCACUUCACCAGGAACACAACCUAAACCAAGACCAACAGCUAAAGAGGAGAUGCUUGCCAAGGCCAAAGCAAGCCAGAGCUUUGCUGAUCGUAUGAAGAGACACAUCCGUGGUCGAGGGCGGACUGGGGGCUUUGCUUACCCUUUGGAUGAUCAGAUGAUCGGCAAUGCUACGUUUGGAGUUCCUCUGGAUGAAUGUGCCGCAUCACAGUCCAAUGAGCUUGUACCGAUGGUUGUUGAGAUCUGCUGCUCCAUCAUAGAAGCUAAAGGGAUGGACUAUGUAGGGAUCUACAGAGUACCUGGGAACAGCGGAGGUAUCUCAUAUCUCAAAGAAGAACUCAAGAAAGGAGUAGAUGAGAUUGAUCUGACUGAUGAGCGCUGGCAGGAUGUGAAUGUGAUCAGUAGUUUAAUGAAGCUAUUCUUCCGUAAGCUACCCAAUCCAAUGGUACCCAACAACCAGUACAAGGAUUUCAUUGCAGCUAAUCGUAUGGAAGAACCUUCAGAGAGGAUGUGGGCUCUACGUAGACAGAUCCAUAAUCUACCAGAUCACCAUUAUGAGUCCUUCAAAUACCUUGCCAACCAUCUCAAAGGAGUUGCAGCCAACGCAGAUGUGAACCGCAUGGAAGUCCGUAACCUUGCCAUCGUCUUCGGUCCUACCCUGGUACGCUCUGGAGACGAUAGCAUGGUUACCAUGGUAACAGACAUGUCUGACCAGUGUAAGAUAGUAGAGAGCUUGAUCCUUCACUGUGAUUGGUUCUUCAGUGAUGAUGUAGAGAGUCAGCAGGAUGUCCCUAGUGAUGCGGUGAGGUUGAACAGCUGGGAGAAGAAGAAGAGUCCGUCUAGGAGGAAAGGAGAAGAUGAACAAGACGGAGGUGAAGAGGAGGAAGAGAAUGAGAUGGAUAAGACUGGUCCACUUAAAACAUCUUCAAUGGAAGAUAUCCGCCGUGAUGCUGGUGGUCUGUUCUCUUCUAAAGACCUGAUUCUCUCUGUGAACUCUGCUGCUCAAAGGAAGCUAAAGACACCCAACAAACCUUUCUCUCCUGAGAAGGUGGACACGAGUGAAGUCAAGUAUAGAAGACCUAGUCCAGAGCCACCUCAGCUACAUACUAUCAAACUACAUGAUCAAGAGUCAUUGCGUCUUACAGUUGGACAGCAACCAAUCACGAUAGAUGUGGGUGAUGAGAGGUCGUUACACGCGGCUGGACUUAGAAAGGAUGAUAGCACCGGUAAGGUGGUACUGCGUCAGAACUCUCAGGGUUCCGUUGAUUCCAAAUCAAGCUGCGGGAGUGAUGAGAGCCCCAAGGAAAUGGAGGCUAUGUUUCAAGGCUCUCUCUUUGGUUCUAGCAAUCGAUCUUAUCAACGAUCUUACUAUCAGAAUUUCCAGUUUGGUUCAACACGGGGUAGAAAACUAUCUGACUCCUCAGAGAGUAAUCCUCCAUUGAAUCUAGAGCAGGAGCUGAAAUCUCUUACCAAUGCAACAUCAAAGAGAGACAGCUGGGUGCAGUCAGACUAUUCCAAAGAGCGUGAGCGAAUAGAGCGCCAGCAUGCUGAGGCGCUACGUGACUUAGAGAAAGAAGACAAUACAAACAUAGAAGAGUUAUUCAAGUCACAAGAUUACCUAAGUGAGCUAGCAGCUGUAUCUAAUAAGAUCAUGGACUAUACAAGUAAAGGUAUGAAGAGCCCUUCUGCUAGUCGGAAACACUCUCUUGAAAAGCCUUCAGGUAGGGAUCAAUCAAAAUCCUCUAAUAAUAACAAUGCAUUCAAGGCUAACACUGUAGCUAAAGAAGAAUCAACCAAGAAGCAAUCGUCUACUGACUCAUUUGCUUCCUUGCACAUUGAUGAAAGUGACUUUGUUCAGUCUAUGAAAGCCACAUUUGAAGAGCGGUUACAGCGAGUGUUACAGCAUGAGAGUGAAGAUGACACCUCCCGUCCUACUAGUCUUGUGAGUGACACCCAUCAUCAUCAAGCUGAUGAACCCAGGGGCAUUCAUUAUAGGAGUAACUCUGUAGACAGGUCUGAUGUCCUGCGACGGAGACUAGAAUCUCCUGCUUCCUCAGGAUCAGGCUCUAGCACCAGCUCUCCCGUAAGAUCGAAGGACAUCGUCAAAUCAUCUGCUAAGUCCAAGAUGGCCAAGUCUACAUCUCAUUCUCCUAAGAAGUGCAGUCGUAUUGAAGUCAUCCUCACGAUGGAGAAGAGAGAAACUACUCCAACGUCCCUCCGUGAUAACAUCGCCAACAAUGCCCAGGAGAUCUCCAAGACCCGUAGAGGAUCUGCCAAAGACACUACGUCCGUCAAGGAGAAGAACAGGGAGAAGAGGCGUAGGAGACAUACUGUAGGGGGUGGUAAGGACCUUCAGAAAGCUAUCAGUGAGCACCUUGCUAGUGAAGAAUCUAAGAAAGUCAGUGCUGUGGAAAGACUCAAGCCAUUUGGUAAAGAGAACUUGAAAUCCACCUCUAAACCUCAAGACAUCAAAUCCUGGUUAGAGUCUGAGCGUCACCGGAGCACUACAAGCAGCCCCAACCUCCUAAGCUCAGUCCAAGCAUCUAUUGCAAGGUUACAUCCAACAGAAACAGACAAACAGAGGAAAGAGAAAGAACUUCGUAGAAAAAGCACACCUAUUUUAGGUGCAACAGAUUUCAACAACGAGCCUCACAAGCUUUCUAGAAUGCCAAGAUAUUUUGAAAUUGAAUCGUACUUAUAGAACAAUGGGGGAGUCUUAAUGGUAGAGUCAGCUACUGAAAUUUUGUGACAGCAACAUAGUGACAUAAGUUAUGACAGUGUGUAUAUAGCAGAGAGAGAGAGACGUUGUAUAUAUAUAUAUAUAUAUAUAUAUAUAUUAUAUAUAUAUCCAAAUGAAUUCCUAAGGUAAAAUGAAUCUUGCUCUUUAACCAAUAAGAAUUCACCGUUAAUAUCUAUUUAUAUGUGACUGUGUGGUGUCCUUGUGUGUCCCUGUAUCUGUGUUAUUAUAUAUGACAUUGCUACCAAAGUAGCAGGUAAUGCUAUACGGGUCUAAGUUAUAACUAAAACUAUAUUAUAUAACAUGAAAAACAGUAAUCCUUUGGCCCAUU